CAGACUAAAUUUUUAAAUGAGCGGAUCUGUCAUUUUCCUCACCGAACUCGAACCCUACUAUUUGGACUUUUAAGCGUACAGCAGAUUUGUGUGAAAAAAUACUACAUUAUCCCCAGUCUCUAAGAAUCAAAUUCUAAUUUAAGGGGGCAUUUUCAGAAUCCUGUCAACUUCCAAUUGCCUUGCAAAAUUAUUAAUUAGUAUAUAACGAGGCAAGAUGUCCUACUAAAGUAGCCAGCUUGAGUUUAAAAUCUAAACAGAGAAUCUCUGUAGCUGGUCACAUGUUAGGCAAAUUUAUGUAUGUUUCUGUCUGAUUUCAACUCAGAUCCCAAUGGAGAAAAUGUUGGGAGCCAAAAAAGAUGGCCUGGAACGGAAACAGGAGGAGAAAACAUUGGCCAUAUGGGAUUUAGGCAGCCCUUUAUAUGACUCGUAUGAAGUGGUGUCACUCACUCAUCUCAUUGAACGGCAGCUAAUGACACUGCCAUCUCUGGGAGGAUCAAAAAGGCUCUCGUCCAAGAUAUUUUCUCCUGCAUGUGAUGAUCAUGCUGUCAUUCCUGCUGCACUCCUCGAGUCAAAUAUGGGCUCCAAGAGAGAAACCAAAAGAGGACGCUCUUCUAUGCUGAACAACUUGACCGAAUUUGUGAGGAGACAGCUGCGGAGAAGUAGAAGCUGGAUCGGAUCCAACAACAGAAAGGACGAGUCCGAGAAGUUGAAAGCAGGGCAAUGUGUCUUAGUAUUUGGUUUGGUUUGUGAAGGCAACAGCCAGAAAUAAUUUAAAAAAAAAAGGUCACUAGAACCCGUAAUUGACAGUAAGCUGCGGUUGUUUUAUAUAAUUGCUUGUUUGAGAUCGUGCUGUGAUUGUUGUUUUUGUUCAUUGAUUUGUUGAAAUAUAAUCUCUCAAAUGCAUAGAUA